GGAAGUGCAACCCGGAGGAGGCGGGGCGGAGCGUACGUCAUCUCGCGGCGCCGGCGGCUGGGAGCCGGAAGUCAUGCAGAUUGCACUAGAGGAUUCUGUCACCACCUGCCUCUCGCCCUCGGUGUAUGACAUAAUCUGUACACUCGGCUUUGAACUCAGAGAAAACCGCGACAUCGACAGCAUUGUCACUCAGGAUGGGGAAGUGUGCUGGGGGACGAUCACAGCGUGCGUGGCUGACGCGGGACCAGCCCAGGGUCUGGACUUCCAGGAAAGCGUGAGGCUGCUGGGGCCCGUCUGUGAGGCCGUCCACUCACACCUGCUGUCCCUGACCGAGGCGCAGUUCGGGACUCAGUAUGCACCCUGGCUCCAGUGGACACAUUCCCCAGAGUUAUUUCCAGAGAUCUGGGAUGCCCUGGCGAGCCGGCAGGCUCCUGCCAUCUCCCUGAGCUUGAUGAAGCUGACGUCCUGCCUGGAGCGGGCCCUGGGCGACGUGUUUCUACUGAUUGGGAAGGAAUGCCCCUUCCUCCUGCGAGACCUGCUGGCGUCGGAGGAGCUCGCCGAAGUCUUUGGGAAGCCCGUGAUGCACGUGCUGACCAUCUUUGUGGGCUCUCCAAGCGGCCUCAACCUGCGCAACGUCCUGUGGCACGGCUUCGCGUCGCCGCGGGAAGUGCCUGCCAAGUACUGUUCAACAAUGGUGCUGCUGACAGCCGGACUGGGCCAGCUGCUGACGACGUACCUUGAGCAGACCGGGCACACAGUGGCCCCUCGGCCCCUCCUCACUCUCACGGAGUCCGAGGACUUGCUUGCUUUCCCUGAUGUCACUGAUGAGACGCUCUCAGUGUUGGAGGAAGUGACGAAGAAAUCCCCGUUCGUGUUAAAAAUCAUGUUGCCGUAUUGGGAGCUCACGUUAAUGAAGUUCAAGUCCCACAGGUUUGCCGACUGUGCCGCGUUGCUGCUGACACAGCUGGAGGCCGGCCUCCGGAGCGUGUUCGCCGCCGUCAACAGGUGCCCGAGGAGACUGCUGACGGCCGAGUCAACAGCUCUUUACACCACCUUUGACGAAAUCCUGGCAAAGCACUUGAAUGGCGGCGAACUCAACCAGCUUCCUCUGCUCCUCGGAGAGCCUGCGAUGGAGUUCCUCUGGGACUUCUUGAACCACCAGGAGGGCCCUCGAGUCAGAGACCACCUGAGCCACGGCGAGGUCAGCGUGCCCGACUUCCCCAAGGGGGUGGCAGCCCAGCUGCUCUCAUUCUCUGUCGUGCUGCUGCUGAGGUUCAUGGACGAUGACGUCGCGUCAGAGUUCAAGGAGAGAGCGGCGGUGCAGUCGCUGGUCCGUCUCGCCGGAGGCUACAGCUCCCGCUUCCACCCCGCGGCUCUGCUCAGGAAGCAGGUGCUGAGCUGCGAGAAGUGCGUCCGGGGCUGGCCCCUGCCGCCUUUGCCAGAGGAAGAAGCCGGGAGGGAAGCAGCCAGAUUGGAGGAGAAUUCUGAAGUGAACGCCUGCAGCUCUCUGAUUGUAGAAAUCAUGGGUGAACUGUACAGCCACGUCCCCGGGAAUCAUAUCGUUUCCAGGGACUUGGAGGACGUCCCGGUCGAGAAGUGGCCCCAGCCGCUCCCUGGACUCUGCGGCAUCCGCCUCCCCACCCUGUUCUGGCCCAGAGCCGCGCUGGAGGUGCUGACCCUGCUCCGCAGCAUCGGCUCCUGCUGCGCCCGGGUGGCCCUGCAGGUGGCCGCCUCCCUGGAGCAGCGGCAGCGACAGUGGGCGGAGAAGACGCUGCGCUCGCGUCAGCGGCGGAACUUCGUGCGCAUGCGCAGCAGCACCAAGCUGCUGUCCCCCGUGCUCGCCCUGCUGCUGCUGCUCGUCGCCCUGGAGCUGCUCAGCAUCCAGCGGGUCCACAGGCAGUCGGCCCGGGAGCACCAGCAGUACCUCAGGUUCCUGAAGGCGGUGCUGCAGUUCACGGAGAACCUGGAGGUGCAGAGCGGCCUCGGGAGGAACCAGUGGGGCAAGGUGGUGGCGCUCACGCACGCGGCGCUGCUGAGGAUCCGGGCUUUCGGUGAGAGGAAGCAGAUGCUGAUCCACCUGGCCGAGGAGCCCGAGUGAGCGGCCCCAGGAGGCACCGGCCAGGGCCCCAUCUGGACAGGACUUCUGCGGCGUGCCAACCGGAGAUGCAGGGGUGGGCGGUUCCCAGGACACACGGUCCCCCUGCGUGAGGCCGUGUCCCCCUCGAUCCGUGCACCAGGGGACACGUUCCGUCCGCUUGUCCCCUCCCGGGUGCUGGGAGACUCAGCUCCUGGGGGAGGCGGACGGCCUGGACUUCACCACAGAGGACACUACUCGGGCAGUGACGGCGCCCUCGAACACCCCCUCCCACCCUGCGGCUCCUGUCGACGAGUCCCACGGAAUGGACCAGCGUUGGGCCGUAUAAAAGGGCACUAUUU